AUGUUCUUCAUCGCCAAAAACCCAGACUUUGACUCGCAGCAAUUGACCCGCAUAGCUGUCCAAGAAUUUCAUACUGACUAUCCUUCAAUGACUGUCAAUGGUGGAGGCCUGAUGUCUGAUUUGUGUGGGAACCGGAUGUAUGAACUAGGGACAGAUAGUGAGCUUCUUGGUCCAAUAUUCAAUCGAUGGCGCUUGAAGGCAGCUGGACGAGUCAUUCGUCACAUGCCAAUAUGCUUAUACGCCGAUGACACUUCUGGCAAUAGCUCCAAGAAGUGGAACAAACAUAUAUCUUACUACUUCACACUAGCCGGUCUUCCCCCAAAUCUCACAAAUCAGCAUUUCAAUUGUCAUUUUCUCUCCACCUCAAACAGUGCCGGUGCAAUGGAACUUGCCGAGGGGGUUGUUGAUGAGUUGAUAACCUUGGUUGAAGAAGGCUGUGUGGCAUAUGACAGCGGACUUGGGGAAGAGGUCUUAAUUACUUCAGCUCUACUUUGUUUCUUGGCGGACAGUCCAAUGCAUGCGGAGAUCACAAGCACGGUCAUGCCCGGCAAUUCUCGCAAUCCCUGUCGUAUGUGCGAUUUAGGAGUCAGCAGUGUGGCUAUGAAAAAAACCAUGGCCUAUCUGCAAUUUUUCCUGCAAAUAAGUGCCGAUGGGCAUUGGAUCAGGAAUGGUGCUCGCUCCUGGCUGGGGAUCAUUGCAAACUGCUAUCUGUUGUGGGACCUUGCCAAGCAGCCAAGGACAAAGACUCGGGUUGGUGCCUUGGGGGGUGAUCUGGGCAUAAAAGACUCUGUUAACAACGAAAUACUGCUAUUCAAAUACACCAUACUGGCGAAAGGGGAUGCUGCCACUCCAGCUAACCAGGCAUUUACUAAUAGGAUUUCCGAGCUUGAUCAGACUAAUCAGACAAGACUGUUUAACCCCUUUUUUAAAGUACCAGGCAAGUAUUUUGACGGGUGUACUGACACACCGGUGGAGGUGCUGCACGUCUUCCUGCUUGGGAUUGUAAAAUAUAUGGUCCGGGAAGUCAUGGGCCGAGCAAAACCAGCGGAGUUGGGGGAAAUCGAGGGCUGGUACCGGGCUUUCAGCACCACAUCGCUAAACAUCCCGUCUUUUUCGCCAUACUACAUGGCAAAGCACUCCUCAAAUUUCGUUGGCAAGGAGUUCAAGAUGGUGCUGCAAAGUGCCCCGUUUGUUCUAUCCAAAUUUUUCACCAACGACGAACGACUUGCAUGGGGAGCACUAUGUCAACUAGCCCCACUCGUCUUCCAAACACGCAUAGAAGACAUGGCCUCGUACCUUGUCGACCUACGAUUUCACAUACAAAAAUUCCUGUUUUACAUCAUCAGGACCACAGCACAGUGGAUAAACAAGCCAAAAUUUCAUAUGCUUGUGCACUUACCGGAAUCAAUUGAGCGGUUCGGCCCGGCAAGCUUAUUCGCCACCGAGAAAUUCGAGAGCUACAACGCCGUGUUAAGGAACGCCUCGGUACAUUCAAAUCGGCAAAGUCCUGGGAAAGACAUUGCAAUAACCUUUGGGAACUAUAAAGUUCUGAGGCACCUCAUAUGUGGCGGGCACUUCAAGCACCCUAAGCAUCCUGCUGUCUACAUCACUGCUGGCUCUGCUGUAUCUCGACUGUUUGUAGACCACCCACUUGUCCAAGUCUCAAUGGACUACAAUGACUCAGCUUCAUCUGGUCAAGUCAGUUAUCCCUACCCCCAGAACAUCCGCCUGCCUCCAAGAGAGGUUAGGAAGAUUCCUCCGCCUUUAGAGUUCCAUCUGCCGGGGCGGAAGCUAUUUCAAGUGGCGGGGAUUCAAUUGAAUGCCCAUCGGGCGCUCCGGAAAGGAGUAUACGCCGGGCAGAGGGAAAUCUUCCGCAUUGGGUUGGACGCAUAG